AGUUUUCGCUCUCAACCGUCGCCUCACACCUAAAAUUCAAAAUGGCAUCACUAACAGAUACCCGCACAGAAUUGGCUGAAUUAGUGAAGCGACGAGCAGAGAUCGCUGACACAUUGGCAAAUCUUGAAAGACAGAUUUAUGCAUUUGAAGGCAGCUACUUAGAAGACACGCAGCAAUAUGGCAACAUUAUAAGAGGCUGGGACAGGUACCUUACAAACACUAAAAACUUUCUUGAUUUCAGAAACACCAACAGCAAACAAGACAAAAGAAACAGAAAGUUCAAAGAUGCUGACAGAUUAUUUUCUAAAUCAUCUGUUACAUCUGCGGCAGCUGUGAGCGGCGUUUUAGAACUAAUUGAAAAACGGGAACCUCCUAGUCCGACUGAAAACUUGUCGCCUGGAACUCCACAAAAUGGCCAGAAUGGUACAUCACAGAGCCAGAAUCAAGCACCGGGCCAACCAGGCAAUCACCACAGUAAUAACGGCAAUAGCAGCAGCAGCACGACCAGCAGUAAUCAUAUUCCAAUGAAUAAUUCCUCAGGAAAGGUGCAGAAAAGUUCAGCCAAACAUAAGAAGAGUAAAAAUAGGAAUAGGCACAGGGUUGAAGUCAAACUGAAGAAGGGGAAAGACGUAAGUAAAGGACUUCUGAGGUAGAAUCUUGGAUGGAAUUCACCACUUUCAGUUACGUAAUAUGUUACGAGGAUUAUUCGGAGAUGGCGCAUUGCAGGAGAAGGAAUCUUUCGUUGAUAGACUGGUCAGACAAACUCAGCCGUAUUCGCCUGUGUGAGCAUCGGUGGGUACUGAUCAGAUUCAAGGCUCCAUUGGAAACUCUUCAGUUGGAAAACAGUGCAUUGUGCAACAUGACAAUUUUGUAGCAUCCAUAUGUUAUGACGAUUGUGUCAAAUAUCUUCUAUGUUUUGUUGACAUAUUCAUGUGUAUCAUGUAAACUCUCAGUCUGGAUGCAUAAAACUCAUUCAAAAAUGCAUGGCAUGUGUAUGCAAUUAUGCUUCUAGGACAUGUAUGAUAUUGUACAGUUGAUUGUAUGAAAUAAAUAUAAUUUCGU